AUGUUGACGAAUACCCACAUAAAUAACUAUCGGCUCAUUAAACAAAUAGGCUCAGGAGCAUUCGGUAUUGUGUUCCUCGCGGAGGACUUCAUCACAGGCGAGGAGUAUGCGAUCAAGGCGGUGAUGAAGCAGCACAGCGGCAGCGCAGACGAGGGCGUCAGGCGGUCGACAAUUUUGCGCACGCAGCUGUACCACUUCUUCAAGUCUUUCCAGAACCGGCUGUAUCUACCAUCUGUGGACCUGGAAUCGAUCCGGACAUUAUCCCAAGAGCAGCUGGCCCACGCGCCACAUUAUAAGGAGCUGCUGAUGCACCUGACUGUGCACACCCACGAACAUGUGGUUACCAUACAUCAGGUGAUGGAGUCAAGCCUGGCAACAUUUAUUGUUAUGGAUUACAUCACGUGCGACCUUUUCUCAGCCAUUGUCAACGAGCAAGUCUUUGCUAAGGAUGGCCUACUGAUUAAGAAGGUCUUCCUGCAGCUGUGCGAGGUUAUUUUCUACUGCCACCGACUCGGCGUCUAUCAUUGCGACCUAAAGCCGGAGAACAUUCUUCUGGACAAAUGGUACAACGUACAUGUAUGCGAUUUCGGGCUGGCCACACCCGUGCCGGAGCUCGCCCCCAAUGUCUGCGUAGGCUCGUCUUACUACAUGGCACCCGAGCGCGGAUCGCUCGGUCGUGAGCUCCGAGCUCCUACUGCUGCAGGCGACGUUUGGGCAAUCGGUAUAAUUCUAAUAAACCUUGUCUGCAUUUGCAAUCCGUGGGUGAAGGCAGAUGGCCUAGUGGAUGGAACAUUCCGGCACUUUUUGACUAAUCCGCGCGUUCUAAUGAAGAUCCUUCCUAUCACCGACGAGUUCUACAGCAUUUUACUGCAGGUACUGCAGCUAGAUCCGGAGCACCGGUCUACGCUCCCAGUACUGAUGGAGGCGGUUGCGAAUUGCGAACACUUCACCGUAGAAGGCCCUUUGUCUACUGUGGAGCGUCUAUCGGUGGAACAGUACAACCGGUUUCUGGGCGACAGCUAUAACGUCCGCUCACGUAAACUAUGUGAUGAUUACUACUCAGAAGACGACGAAUUCACCACAGACGACUGUGGAUAUGACAGCGACAGGGUGCCGCACAGUCUAUACGGCAUCGGCGACAACUAUUUACCACGCAGCCUUUCCGGUGACGGAAGAUGCGACACGGCGUCAUCCGCUGCUCCAGAGCUGCUCUUGAGCACUUCGCUCGAAACAAACUAUUCACGAGAUGGUAGGUGGUUACCUAACUAUGCUCAUCUGUGA